UUUCUGAGUUUGAUUACUUGGCGUUAUGCGUUGACAUCAUAAUUUCUCAUGCUUCUCGAGGACCCUCCGUUAUGUACAUAGAAUUGGCGUUGGCAUUAGUGCUUGGGGCAGUGGUUGCUGUGCUGUUUCUGAAGAAGAAAAAGAGUGUCCUAAAAGCAAAGGAUGACUGGUGGGGUGAGGGAUCUGGUCCACAAGGACCUGAAGAUGACAGCAUUCGGCCCUUUAAAAUUGAUACAACUUUAGAAGAGAUCGAGGAUCUGCAUCAAAGACUAGAUCAGACCCGCACCUUUCCUUCUCUUGAGGAGAGUCAGUUCCACUAUGGUUUCAACUCCAGAUAUCUUGAGAAGGUUGUGUCGUAUUGGAGGAAUGAUUUCGAUUGGAGGAAACAAGUGGACAAACUGCAUCGAUAUCCUCAUUUCAAAACUAAAAUUGACGGAAUUGAUAUUCACUAUGUCCACGUGAAACCCAAGAACCUGCCAGAGGGAACCUCUGCAGUGCCGCUGAUGAUGGUACAUGGGUGGCCGGGCUCCUUCUAUGAAUUUUACGGUAUAAUCCCCCUGCUCACAGAGCCAGCCCGUCCUGAUGACAUAGCAUUUGAAGUCAUAUGUCCCUCCAUACCUGGCUAUGGUUUCUCUGAAGCCCCUCAUAAGAAAGGUUUUGACUCCGUAUGUGCGGCACACAUAUUCAGUAAACUGAUGAAGCGACUUUGUUUCAAUGAGUUCUAUGUUCAGGGAGGAGACUGGGGUUGGCUUAUCACCACUAAUAUGGCACAGCUCGAACACAACACAGUAAAAGGCCUCCAUGUUAACUUUGCACCACCUGAUAAACCAAGCCUUCCAAUGGUGUUGUCUUUACUUCUCGGUCGACGGUUUCCCAAACUAUUUGGCUUCACUGAACAUGAUGUGAAACGGCUCUUCCCGUGUAUCCAGAAGCUUGUGGUGGACGGCUUGAAGGAAACAGGAUAUAUGCACAUACAAUCCACUAAACCAGACACCGUGGGACGUGGAUUGAAUGACUCUCCUGUUGGUUUGGCUGCUUAUAUUUUGGAGAAGUUUUCAACUUGGACCGAUCCUGAAUUUAAGAAUCUUGAGGAUGGUGGACUGGAGAGAAAGUUUUCUCUUGAUGAUUUACUGACAAAUGUGAUGAUCUACUGGACCUCAAGGUCUAUUAUGUCCUCCAUGCGGUUUUACAAGGAGAAUUUGGCUGAAGGUCUUAACCAGCCCCAUGCAAAAAUUCCAGUUUAUGUUCCGGCAGGCGUGGCCUCUUUUCCCAACGAGGUCAUGCACACCCCUAAAUUGUGGCUCACAAAGAAAUAUCCUAACCUCAAGACAUACACUCCCAUGGAACGCGGUGGACACUUUGGUGCUAUGGAGGAGCCGCAGUUACUGGCAGAGGACAUUCAGAACUUUGUGAAGAUUGUGGAGAAACAAACAAGAGAAUGAGGAUUUACAGAUUUUAUACUUGUGCACUUAUUCAAAUUGGUCGUACACUUAUACAUGCAUUUAAAGAAUGACCAUGAUAUAAAAUCAUACUUUAUUAAACAACUGUAUUAUUUUAUUUUCAUUCUUUGGUAACAGUACUAUUAAAAUGCUACAAAUUCAAUA